AUGGCACCAAAGGGAACUAAAUCUAAUAUUCCAACAAAUCUUCAUGGUGGUUUGAAGGGUGCCAUGCUAAAUCUUAAAUCCAAAAAUGCUUAUGAAGCUGUCCUUGAGGCUGAACCAUUUGCAUGUGCUCCUAAGACUCCUUCUACGCUUUUCCCCCCUCCACCCGUUAAGUCUCCUCCAGUAUAUCACUACACAUCACCCCCACCCCCUAAGAAAUCACCACCUCCUCCAUACCACUACACAUCACCCCCACCACCUAAGAAAUCACCACUUCCCCCAUACCAUUAUACAUCUCCUCCCCCACCGGUUAAAUCUCCACCACCACCGUACCACUACACUUCCCCACCACCACCAGUGAAGUCUCCUCCCAAGUACCACUAUACAUCACCCCCACCACCUAAGAAAUCACCACCUCCCCCAUACUACUACAAAUCACAUCCACCACUGGUUAAAUAUCCACCCCCACCUUACCAUUACACUUCACCGCCACCACCAGUGAAAUCUCCACCACCACCAUACCAUUACACUUCACCACCACCAUCGGUAAAGUCACCACCCCUAACUUAUCACUACACAUCACCUCCACCACCGGUGAAAUCUCCACCACCGCCAUACCAUUACACAUCACCUCCACCAACAGUGAAAUCGCCUCUGCCACCAUAUCACUACAUUUCACCACCUCCACCCGUGAAAUCUCCACCGCCACCAUACCAUUACACUGCACCUCCCCUACCUGUAAAAUCCCCUCCACCGCCUUACCAUUACACAUCACCACCACCACCGGUGAAAUCUCCACCCCCACCAUACCAAUACAAUUCACCUCCUCCACCGGUAAAAUCCCCACCACCACCAUACCACUACACAUCACCACCACCCCCCGUGAAAUCUCCACCGCCCCCGUACCACUACAGCUCACCUCCACCACCAAUUAAGUCACCACCACCACCAUACCACUAUACAUCACCACCACCACCGGUUAAAUCCCCACCACCACUUUACUAUUAUACAUCACCUCCACCACCCAUGAAAUCUCCACCUCCUCCAUACCAUUACACCUCACCACCACCACAUGUUAAGUCCCGACCACCACCAUACCAUUACACCUCACCUCCUCCACCUACAAAAUCCCCACCACCACCAUACCACUACACAUCGCCUCCUCCACCAGUUAAGUUUCCACCACCACCAUACCAUUAUUCUUCACCUCCACCACCAGUUAAGUCCCCACCACCACCAUACCACUACACAUCACCUCGACCGCCUGUGAAAUCUCCCCCAUCUCCAUACCAUUACACCUAUCCCCACCACCAGUUAAGUCUCCACUACCACCAUACCGCUAUACAUCACCUCCACAACCAGUUAAAUCCCCACCUCCACCAUAUCACUACGCCUCUCCCCCACCACCAGUUAAGUCACCAUCACCACCAUACCACUACGCAUCACCUCCCCUACCAGUGA